GAACGUGUGGGCCCAAUUAAAAGUAUCCCCAAAAGUAUUUAAACCCAAACAGACGAAAAACGAACCCAUUGCCUCCCGUACCAGCGAUCUGAAUCAAAAAUUGAAACUCAAAAAAAUUCAUCAGCCAAAUCUUAUUAAAAUCUAUUCCAAAUUUAAAUUCUGUAUCUGCUAUCAAUUUGAUCAGCAGAACUGAGUAACAGACUUUUUUUUUCUUUUUUCUUUUUGAGGCAGAGGAACAGACUUUAUUGAUGGAGCACAAGGCUCUAUCUAGAAAACGAAAGCAAGAGGAGAUGGGGAUAGAUGGUGCUAAUAAACAGCAUAGGAGUGAUAAUGGUGGUAUUGACAAGUUACCUGAUGAUGUACUAAUCAACAUUGUGUCUCACAUGAGCUUCAAGGAAGCCGUGAGGGCGAGUGUCCUUGCGCGUCGAUGGGGACGUCUGUGGAAGUUUUUCCACGGGACUCUGCGAUUUGACGAUGGGGAUAUAUCCACCAGAUACCUAUUGGCAAUUAAAAAGUUGGAGUCUUGCGUGAAUACACUGAAUGUUCAUGAAGGCGGGCAUGUUGAUGGCGUUGUCGUUCACUUUAAUGUGCACCUUAGGGGCGUACUGAGAGGUGGGUUUUAUCACCCGACGAGGCGUGCACUCGAUAAUUUGGUGUAUUUUGCUACUCGUAAGGAAGUUCAAACGCUUGAAGUGAAGCUCUCAUCACACAAUGGAUAUGAUUAUGAUUAUUGCGAAUAUUUUUUCCCACAUGUUGGGUUGUUGAAAUCCCAUUCGUCUUUCAGCAGCCUGAGAGCCCUUAGAUUGAGCCGUGUUGGUGUCACGGACGAGCUGGUUUGUUAUCUCCUAGCGUCGUGUCGCAGUCUCGAAGAGCUCUGCAUACGGUCCGCUGACUUGCUGAAGAAUCUUCGUGUUAUUGAUCCGCCGAGCUUGAGAGCUUUGGAGAUAACCAGAUGUUGUAGUAUCCAGAGUCUUGAGAUAUCUGCAGUGGGACUCGUCUCGUUAACAUAUGGAGGGAGGAAAAGCAGGCUGUUGCUGAAGAAUAUUCCGAAUGUUCGUGAACUUGCUCUUGUCGAUGAAUCGUGCCUCUACUUUGUUCGGGAACCAGAGAAGCACUCGAGCUAUUCGCCUCAGCUGGAGAAGCUCGUGUUGGAUAUACGAAAACUGGAUGGCAGGUACGGGCGAAUCGUUGCCCCUCCGGAUUCGCCUCAACUCUGCUCUCUCAUACGGCUCGAAGUGAAGGUAUUCAUAUUGCUCGGCCGAAGGCUCCUCUUCACACCGUUGAUCAAGGGAUCUCCACAUCUACGCGAGUUCAGGAUUGAGCUAAGCUACUCAGUGUUCCCACAGAAUAAUAAAAAGCCACCAUUUCCCGGAAUAAUAUCGAAGACCGGGAGAUUAGUUCAUAGAAAUCUUAAGGUGGUUGAGAUGGCUGGGUACAUAGGGUGUAGUUGUGCAGAAGAGUUGUUGUUGGUGUUGACGAGGAAAUGUCCAUCAAUCGAGAGGAUUGUCAUUGAUACUGCGAGUGAUUAUUACUCUGAUGAUCCUCGACUCUACGUUGAAGAUCUUUCGAAAGGAGACAGACUUACAUAUGGUCGUCAUUUGCAUAUGAGGGCAACCACACGGAACGUAGCAAAAGAGCGCGCCCAACGUUUCGUAUCAAAAAUUCCAAAACAGAUCAAAGUCAGCGUUUCAUGAUAAGUGUUUGUUUAUGUCUUGCAUAAAGUAUUCACAGACCUCCUUGAUGUGUUGAUGUGCUGCCGUAUUUGAAGGUAUUUAUUUAUUUGUUAGUA